AUGUUAUCGACAGCUACGACGUUCCAUUUCCACUGCUGGGCACUCUGUAAGUUGUCGUGUGAGACAUACUGCUACAAAAUUACUACUCUAACCUCGGAAUUUGUGUGUCCCGCUUCGGUCAGCGAUCUAUCGACCAAUGCCCUAGCGAAGUUCCCCAACGCAGUGUUUGCAUCGUCUCAGUUGGACAGCUUCCGCAUUCCCGACAACGGGUUUGAGAUCGUGACGAUGUCGACGGCACAGUAUGAUUUCUUUGCGGGUUUAUCUGAUUUCCAGGCUAGUUUCGCCGACAUCUCAACAUGUGCAUCUGGGUCGCUCGUAUACCUGCAAGGGAAAGGUGUGUGCCGUUUGGAUAUCGCAGCAGAAGAAGACCCUGCAGUCGUGAUGAAAGAUCAUGGGGCGGACCGAGAGGAGCCCUCUACUCCAAUGGCAACGGUCGGGGUGGUCAUUCCCCACUUGCCGAUCCCAAGCAACAAUACCACCAAGAAAUAUAUCAUUGCAGCAAUUAUUGUACUGAUGGUCAUCGGUGUGAUUGCUGGUGUGAUCUCUCUAAUCUCGCUUGGAGUUGUUGGCGGCAUUGCACGCGCAGUCUACGACUACAUCGGCAGGUGGCAGAAAAAGCGCCACCGUGAGGGUAUUCACGAGAACACGCCUUUGUUUUUCGACCAGGCAGCUCGUGCCAGCUACCAGAAGGAGAUGGAUGCGGUUGAUAAGUUGUUCCCAUCAAAUGACCCGGUACUGGUGACCUGGCGCAUUGAUUACGAUAGUGUAACACUUGUGAAGAAGAUUGCGCAAGGUGCGUUCGGAGAGGUGUGGGUGGGUCAAUACCGCAAUACUCGAGUAGCUGUGAAGCGGUUGAUUCAAGACCAGGUGUCGCUAGCGACCAGUGAAGCGUUUCUGCGUGAGAUCAAGUUGAUGGCGUGGCUCGAGCACCCGAAGAUUGUCCAGUUUGUGGGUGUUGCGUGGACAAAGCUGGUUGAUAUGCUGGCCGUGAUUGAAUACAUGGAUGGUGGCGACCUGCGGACGCUUCUGGAUAAGAAAUCCCCCAAGAAACUUCCGUGGCAGGAGGGCGGGCUGAAGCUACAAUACGCUUGUGACACGAUUGAUGCCGUUGUGUAUCUACAUUCGCUAAGUGUCGUAAUUAUUCAUCGUGAUCUCAAAUCCCGAAACAUUCUUCUCGACUCGAAGAACGGCGCUAAGCUUGGAGAUUUUGGGGUAUCGGCUACUAAACGACAGCACGACAUGACUGUCGGUGUAGGUACUGCCCGUUGGCUCGCUCCCGAGAUCGCACGUGGGGAAGAUAAAUACACGGAGGCCGUCGACGUGUAUUCCUUCGGCAUUAUCCUAUCCGAGCUGGACACCCAUCAUCUACCCUUCGCGGAUGCCAGAACGAGCUCAGGGGCGCCACUCAAUGAUAUGGCCAUUCUUCAAGGUGUUUCAUCCGGCGCACUUCAGGUCGCCCUGUCUCCUACGUGCCCUCCCAAGCUUGAGGCUCUUGCGAGAAGCUGCAUGCACUUGGAUCCUGCUCAGCGUCCAACCGCAGCCCAGGUUGCCUACGAACUUCGAAAACCAGGUCUACUACAUGUACUUUAA